AUGAUGGAAGUCAAGGAUGGUGAUCAGAUAGCACACAUAAAUGCGCUUCGCAGGGAAUUUUUGCAUUAUUUUAAGGAAGAUCGCACCAUUCGUCCACCAGGAACCGAGAAUGCCGAAGAAAUCAGAAUGAAACUACCUCUCGUGCGCUAUUACGGAGAUCUCCCAGAAAUAGACGACCCUUGGUUUCCCUUUCUAUUCGCGGCUUCCCAUGGAAGAAUCGUCCAUAAGCCACCACAUGCUCUUGAACGUCUCGGACCACUCAUACGCAGAACACAGUAUUUGGUUCGAGUAGAGGUUCAAUACAGGGUCAUAUUUCUAGUCGAGUCCAUUGACGAUGAUGGCCGUCUCAUUUUUGUAGAGAUUGAUCGACAUCUUUUAACUCAUCCAUUUGAACCCCCAGUGUUGCCGGAAUGGCUUCAGGGUAUGUUUGUUCCUAAUGUUGGGAAGGGGUUAGAGUGGGUGUGUAUGGAAUGGGGACAUAAGUCACUUUUUAGGUGUAGCUCCUGGUCGAAGACAGGAACAUCUUGGUGGUAA